AGAGAAUUUGAAUUCUCCAAUAAUCAAGAGGUUCCGCCUUCGAUUCCUCCCUCUAAGCAACCUGCUGCUUAUCUGGAAGUUCAACCUGCUGGACGCUCACUCGAUCCGUCAGUGGGUGCUGAUCGUGGAGGGGAUUUCUUCAGACAUGCCGUCAGCGGGAUUUGAGAUACUAGGCGUGACUCUGGCUCUGCUGGGAUGGAUCUCCGCCAUCGUUUCCUGCGCUCUGCCCAUGUGGAGAGUGUCGGCGUUCAUCGGGGUGAACAUCGUGACGGCGCAGACCAUCUGGGAGGGCAUCUGGAUGAGCUGCGUGGUCCAGAGCACCGGACAGAUGCAGUGCAAGGUGUACGACUCCAUGCUGGCUCUGAGCGCCGACCUUCAGGCCGCCCGCGCCCUCACCGUCAUCUCCAUUGUGUUGGGGGUUCUGGGACUCCUGAUGUCCGUCAUGGGGGCAAAGUGCACCAACUGCGUGGACGAAGAGGCGGCUAAAGCGCGGGUGAUGAUCACCUCCGGAGGGGCUUUUGUUCUGGCCUCCCUCACCCAGAUAAUCCCCGUGUCCUGGUCCGCUCACACCAUCAUCAUGGAGUUCUACAGUCUGGCCAUACCAGAGGCGCAGAAGAGGGAGAUCGGUGCUGCUCUGUAUUUGGGUUGGGCCGCCGCCGCCUUCCUGCUCAUCGGAGGCGGCAUCCUGUCCUCCAGCUGCCCUCGGGGGCCGGAGAAAAGGUACAGAACGCCGUACUCCCAAACCAGAUCGGUGGUACCGAGCGGCUAUGACAGGAGAGACUACGUCUGAAGCAACAUCUGCUCCGCUCUCACGCGCCGACCAACAUCUACCAACUCAUCAAAGACUCCGGAAGCAGAACUGAAAAGGACAAAAACAUCUAAAAA